UUUGUCUUCACAAAAUCUUUGGAUUCUUAUCUUUCAACUGCAUUUUCACAGAGCACAUCAAUGGAUCUCUUUAUCAUUCUGGCCAUUUGCCUUUCUUGUCUGAUUCUUCUUUUUCUGUGGAAUGGAAGCAAUGCUAAAGGAAAACUCCCACCUGGCCCAACUCCUCUCCCCAUUAUUGGAAAUAUUCAACAGUUAAAUAGUAAGAAUAUCAGCAAAUCCAUAAGCAUGCUGGCAAAAGAUUAUGGCCCUGUGUUCACUGUUUAUUUUGGCAUGAAGCCCACCGUGGUGUUGCAUGGAUACAAAGCAAUUAAGGAAGCACUGAUUGAUCAUGGAGAAGAAUUUUCUGGCCGAGGGAGUUUGCCAGUGGUAGACAGAAUUACCCAAGGAUUAGGAGUUGUUUUUAGCAAUGGAGAAAGAUGGAAGCAAAUCCGACGUUUCUCUCUCAUGGUUUUGAGGAAUAUGGGGAUGGGGAAAAAAACAAUUGAAGACCGAAUUCAAGAGGAAGCCUUGUGUCUGGUGGCAGCAUUAAAAAAAACCAAUGCAUCUCCUUGUGAUCCCACUUUUCUUCUGGGAUGUGUUCCCUGCAAUGUGAUCAGCACCAUCAUUUUUCAGAAUCGUUUUGACUACAGUGAUCCGAAAUUUCAAACCUUGAUCAAGUAUUUCAAUGAAAACUUUGAAAAUGUGAGCACCCCUUGGAUACAGCUCUACAAUGCUUUCCCCUUUUUACGGGUUCUCCCAGGAGGUCAUAAUGUGAUAUUUAAAAACCAUGCCUUGCAAGUAAAUUUUAUUUUGGAGAAGGUAAAAGAACAUCAAGAAUCUCUGGAUAUCAGUAAUCCUCGAGACUUUAUUGACUACUUUCUGAUUAAAAUGGAAAAGGAAAAACACAACAAACAGUCUGAAUUUACUAUGGACAACUUGGUUGCUACCAUAUGGGAUAUGUUUAGUGCAGGGACAGAGACAACGAGCACCACAAUGAGAUACGGACUCUUGCUCCUGCUGAAGCACCCUGAGAUCUCAGCUAAAGUGCAGGAAGAAAUCGAUCAAGUGGUUGGCAAAAACCGAAGCCCUUGCAUGCAGGACAGGAGCCGCAUGCCCUACACAGAUGCUGUGGUGCAUGAGAUCCAGAGAUACACUGACCUCGUCCCCACCAGCCUGCCCCAUGCAGUGACUCAAGAUACUCACUUUAGAGAGUACUUUAUUCCAAAGGGCACAACAAUAUUAACAGAUCUGAGUUCUGUCCUGAACGAUGACAAGGAAUUUCCCAAUCCAGAGAAGUUUGACCCUGGCCACUUCCUGGAUGAAAGUGGCAACUUUAAAAAGAGUGAUUAUUUCAUGGUUUUUUCAGCAGGAAAAAGAGCUUGUGCUGGAGAAGGCCUGGCCCGCAUGGAGCUGUUUUUAAUCCUGACCACCAUUUUGCAGAAUUUUACCUUGAAACCUCUAGUUGAUCCAAAGGAUAUUGACACCACCCCAGUUCACAAAGGGCUUGGCUCUGUACCACCCUCCUAUGAGCUUUGUUUCAUUCCAGUCUGACAAAAUGUCAGGCUGCUAGAGCAAGGCCCUUCAGUCUCAUGUAAAAAAAAGCCAGCUGUUUCCUGUCCUGUGUGUCAACCAUCAUCUACUCCUUCCUUAAAAGCAGGAAGGCCGUCUCUGAGCCUUAUCUCUUUUAAUUUUACCCAUCCUUCAAAAUCCAUUCCAAUUUUUCCUGUAUGAAAGAAAAUUUAUUUUUUCAUCUCCAAUAAAAUUCUACUUGUAACAGAAUCCUAAGAUGAUAAGCUACAUUGUAUCUGUAGUGCAUAUGAAAUGGAAAGCACUCUAUAAAUGCCGUAUUUGGCUUUGCUACCACAAAUGAAAAAAAUCAGAAAUUAUCUGAGAUUUUUUAAAAAGUUAAAAGUAUUAAAACAUGAACUUUGUUAAUCUCUCACUCCUGUCUAUGGGAAUGAUGUCUUGACGAUUAACUUGUAUACUUUGUCUUUUCCCAGUGUUUAUUAAAAUAUAAUUACAUGUG